AUGGCAGGCACUCAUGAACGUGUCGCCUCCAACUCGCACACUCGAUCUUUCACGGGAUGUGCGACGUGUCGGGGCCGCCAUGUCAAAUGCGAUGAAGGCCGCCCAGCUUGUGCCAUGUGUACAUACUUUGGAUUGGAAUGUGACGGCUACAAGAAAGAUAUAUUCUUCAAUUCGCAAAAUCCAUGUAAAAGAUUACGUUUUCGACGACCCUUACUAACAGAAGACGAACGACAGCGGAUGAGUCAGUGGCUGGUAUCAACCGCGCCACCUCAGGACACGCUACAAAUACUCUCUCGCAUUGACGAGGAGUGUGAGAUUAGUUCACUAUCUGAGCCUCUUCAAAUUUCCCUGGGUCCAUUUGGAGUGUUCAGAUCGCACCAGAGACAGAAUCUGCAAAUCAACGUACCCGCCGAUUCUAUCCCAACACUGCCGAUUGACGACUCUGAGCGAACCACCGCUCUUAGUCCUCCCCAGGAUGAGAUCUCCAUUGAUGAUGCAUUUGAUUCCACUUCGAGCUUCUCUCAGCUAUCGCCAGGUUUCAUGCAAUCGCUUCUUGAACCACUGAGCCAGGGCCCCACUCCUAACUCCUCAGAUCUCCUGGACCUCAUAAUAGACCAGGGCCAUCUGAAUGAUGCCUCGCUAGAAUCCUCACAGGGUUUUCAAUUUUCCGAGCUAUUCCCAGACAUUUCUCUUCAUUCUUCCACCUCGCCCAACUCAAUCACAUCAGCACCAUCCACAAUCCAAUCUGUUCCACAGGAUGCUGUCUUUCUUUUGAAAUACUAUUCAUCCAAUGUACUCAGCCUUAUGACAUCCGUUCGACAUAAGAAGACGCCCUGGCAUGUACUUUUUAUACCACAUACAAAAGAUUGCCUGGCAGCACUUGCUCUAGGAGAACAGCUGAGCCAUGCCAGUCUAUGUACCUUCUUUGGGACUUUGGCCAUUAGUGCUUUCAGCUUAGGUGGCGUUUCUCGAUCACAGUCAUGGCUAGAUAAGGGACGAUUAUACCUUCGAAAGGCCCAGAAAUAUGCCGAGCAGAUGUUGAUGACUGCCUACAGUAUACCCAAAGCUGCUAAGUAUAAAACAACACUAAUGGCCAUUCUCACUAUGAUUCAAAUAUCUACAUUCAUUGGAAACAGGGACCAUGCCGAAGGGUUCUUUCUUGAAGCGGAAAAGUUCAUCCGCGUAAGAGGACUCAAGCGCAAAAAGUCACGCAAAGUACGACUUCUCCAUCACUGUUAUGUCUUUGAGCGAAUGUUUCACGAGAGCAUUUUCAUCUGCGGUACGAAUUCUUACCAGCGCCAGCAUGUCCGUCUAGCAAUUGAGUCCAGUGGGCUUGCACCCGCCAGUGUUGACGGGCUAUCCUUUCGUCUUUACAAAUGGAAGAACUUGAGCCAGGAAAUGCUACGAGUUCGAGAUCAGGAAGAGGGCGAGAACGACCUCCACCUUGAACGGCCUGGAUUAUUCUCUGCCUCCCUCUAUGUGGAGAUCUUUGGAAUUCCAGAGCCAUGGCUCUUGCUUCUCUCCUUGGUCAUCCGGCUUGGAACUGAAAAGGAUAUAACUGAGCAACAACCGGCAUCCAAUGGUCUGAAUCUUAAAGACUUCAUCAGCCGGUCUAAAGCAUUAGAGGACUAUAUCAACCAUAUUCAACGUCCUAGCCAAGCUACCUUUCCACUUGCUCAUCAUCACUCCUCAAUCGACCAGCAUAUUCUUGAGAAUAUGCUCGAAGCUAUGCGGUUGGCACUCGCCAUAUACUUUUACCGACGAAUCUACGAUCUGAACGCGUCAAUGCUACAGGAGAAAGUAGUCGGAGUGCGCGACUGUCUUCUUCAAUGUGAGUAUGCCGACUCGAGCGUCGUUCACGGAUCUGCGGGCUUUAUCUGGCCUGCUUUUAUUGCCGCGUGCGAGGCAGAAGAUCCUGAUGUGAAGGAAUCAUUUUCGACGUGGUUUGAAGCUUCAGCGGAUCGCAGUGGUCUUUCUGGAUUUACACAAACCUUAAACUUGAUCCGAAAGAUUUGGAGCGAAAAACGCAGCAAUGAUGGUAAUAGUUUAACUUGGUUGGAGCUCAUGAAGAAAGCGCUCCCGGUGCUGCAGCAAGAUCAUCUCAUACAGUUGGAGGCCUUUGAACAGUGA